GGGUGUCCACUGUCCGUUUCAUUUCACUAUUCCAUGUGUCCUGUGCCUCCUGUGCCCUGCACGCUAACGCUACAUGUUUGACGAAAUUUAAAUGAUUUAAACAAAGCCCUCUCCCGAGCGCAAUCGAAAAUUAGAAUCAGAAAUGUGGAGACGCGCAACCAAAUCAUCCCUUUUCCUUCGCCUCCUGAAACCUUCUAAACAAAACGCUUCGCUCUCCCAAAGAUUCACCAAUGGAUUCGCCUUCCACAUGCACACGCGAACGCACUUCCAGGAAAAGCAUGGAGUUUUCCCCAAACAAGUAGCUCCGCUUAUAACUUUUGUUUUAGGAGGCCCUGGUAGUGGAAAAGGUACGCAAUGUGCAAAAAUUGUUGAAACCUAUGGAUUUAAUCAUCUGAGUGCUGGAGAUCUUUUGAGAAGGGAGAUGAAUUCUGAUAGUGAAUAUGGCUCAAUGAUUCUGAAUACAAUUAGAGAAGGAAGUAUCGUUCCAUCAGAAGUGACUGUCAAAUUGAUUCUUAAAGAGAUGAAAUCUAGUGACAAUCAUAAGUUUCUCAUUGAUGGUUUCCCUAGAAGCGAGGAGAACCGGAAAGCUUUUGAACAAAUUAUUGGAGCAGAACCACGUAUAGUACUUUUCUUUGAUUGCCCUGAAGAAGAGAUGGUGAAACGUUUGCUGCGCCGUAAUCAGGGUCGAAUUGAUGACAACAUAGAUACAAUCAAGAAUCGUCUUAAAGUAUUUGAGGCAUUAAAUCUUCCUGUGAUUGAUUAUUAUGCCAAGAGAGGGAAACUUUACAGGAUCAAUGCAGUGGGAACAGCAGACGAAAUAUUUGAGCAAGUUCGGCCAGCUUUUGAAGCAUGUGAGCACGAGGCUAAAUGAAAGCUGUUUGAAUUGGUUGAGAGCAUUUGGCUAAAGUUUGGAUUUAGUGGGAACCCAAUUUAGUUGCCAGUUGAUUACCAGGAUCCGAUCCAGAUUCCUGGCUGAUUUGCUUUGGAAUUUGGUAGUUCCCUAAAACACGUCCGCUGAAGUAUUUCAAAUUGAUACAUACAUGUCCACCAUUCACAGGAGAUGGCUCUUGUUGCGUUUUUCAUUUUUCUCCUUAUAAUGCCUAAGGUGCAAUAAACAGCUUAUGCCCCCGAAAGAAUGGCCUACAGGUGGAGCUAAUCUGUCUUUAACAACAUAGGAACUGGUUAUAAUGCGCAAUAUAUACGAUCAUGUUUUGUAAUUUUUUUAACAAAAAAUUGAAUUCUAUAUGUCAGUACAACCUACAUUCUGACUUUUAUCAUCACAGAUACUGCCACCAAGUUGGUCUCUUGCAGUAACCAAGUUAAUUAGUAAACUGUGUUUAUAGG